GCGCCCCCUGCCGGACUGUCUGUGGAGCGUUUCGGUGUUGAGUUUAUAUCAAACAACACAUCAAACUCUGGCUAUUCUAUGCUCAUAAAAGCCGACUCAAAACAUUUAGUAUAACAAUCCGAUACAUGACUACCUUAUAGUUUGAUUUCGGUUAAAUCCAUCUAUAUUUAGUACAUCUGCAGUGAUUACUCCUCUGUUGAAAAUUAGGAAUCAGGAACGGGUCCAUUGCCAAGUCAUGUCAAAUAACAGCGCCGCCAGCAGCAGCUUAGCUCUCGCUCAGAAGGCCGUGAAGCAGCUCCGUUUGGAGGCCAGCGUCAGGAGGAUCAAGGUCUCUCAGGCUGCUGCAGAAUUGAAGACUUUCUGUCUGCAGAAUGCUCACAAAGACCCCCUCCUCACCGGGGUUCCCUCCAGUGAUAACCCUUUCAGACCUCCAAAGUCAUGUGUGCUCCUCUGAGGGCUUUGUAAAACAUCCAAACAUGCACUUGAUCUGAUGUUCAUCAUGUGACCCGCUGAAGAUACAGAAGCAAGGACGCAGAGAGUCAGCAAAGCGACUGAGGAAUGAUGCAGACAAAUCCAGUUUUUAAACAAGGAUUUCACACUUACUCUGACAGGAUGAGUUUAUGAAGACUUUGGAAUUUUCCAGGAUUCAAAGUUUAGAUGAUAGCAGAUUUAUAGCGGCCUUAAUAUGUGUUCUGUUGACCAUAUUCUCUCGUUGACCUCGUGUUAUUUUUGCUGUGAUAGCCGCACUGCACUUUAUAAAGCGGUUGCAAAUUUAAGAGAUCUUUGAGUUCAUAAAACACGCUUAGUGUCUCAUGAAAGUCACACUGGUAGAUUCCUGACUGAUUGCAAGCAACGCCCAAAGCGAAUCUAAAAAUUAGACUCCAUGUGUUUUUUUAUUCCUUCUUUUGCACGUUUUCAAUAAACAUCCAAUCUCUGCCACACGUGAUCACAACCAGACAGAAACCUUUUUGUAUCCUCACUUUGGCAUUUCCUUUCAUAACAGCGUGCACUCAGAGACAAGGUUUGGUUAGAUUCUGUUUACCAGCAGCUGCAUUUUGUGAGUUUUUUUUACCCCAUUUAUUUAUUCCAUAUUUCAGAGUAACAGGAGGAAAAAUAAUUCAUUUAGCUCUUAAUCAUGUAAAGCUACAAGAAAGCUAUCAGAAGGACAAUAUAAAGCCAGAAAAUAAGCCCCCCCCCCCAACUAGGUUUGGAUUAAUAAAUCAGUAAACAUGUAUCAGUUAAUUCCCUAUAACUUUUUCUUGCAUUUUUAUUAUCAAGCAAUAAACGCUACCACAUAUUGUUUAUGUCAUGUGUUUGUGAAGCUGUAUGGGGUAUGAAAGAUACUGAUCUAAAGAUAUCUUACCGCAAAUUGCAAAUAAAUCAGAUUAAUAUCACCUGACUUGUGCCCUCUGGUGAAAAACCCCCAAGUUUUUUUGUUUUUUUUCAUGACACAUAAAGUGUAAUUUCAAAAAACACACUGACAUUGCCGAGCACACUGACAAAACGUCAUUCUGGUGAUUCUUUGUGUAAACUUAACUAAAGCAUAUAGUAUAUAGUAUACCUUUGUGAGUAACAGUGAUAUUGUCUCUUCAAAUAAAUGUGUCUGACUGAUUUUUUUCUACAUUAAACUCACUUUACAUAUUA